UUAAAUCUGAUCAAUAAAUGUUCUAUUUUACAAGAAUAUCAAAUCAAAGCAGAGAAGCAGCUGGAGGAACAACAAAAAGAAAUAACUGUGCUACAGGAAGAAAUAAGAAUGUUGCAAUCUAAAAUUAAUGAUAAUGAAAAAGAUUUGAAGGAAAAGGAUGACUGUAUAAAUACUAAAGAUGCAUUAAUAGGUUCUGUGCAACAAGAGUUGAAAGAGGAGAAGGCAAACAAAGCAAUAUUACAAAUAGAGUUGGGGAUAAAGGAAUCAAUGCUAUCAGAAUUAAAACAGAAAGUUAAUGAAGCUCAUUCUGACGAUGUAUUUAAGGCUUUGAGGAAUGAAGAAUGGCUUAAAGCUGUAGGUCAGAGAGAUAUGUAUGCCGUAGCUGGUACAGAUAAGUUUGCAAGUUACAAAUAUGCAAGUCCAAUUGAGAAAGACUACCGCGAUUUUCACUAUCAGGUAGAUAACACUACGUCAGAUCUUACACAUUCAUCUAUGGAUAGUAUUAAAACUAUUUCAGACUUAGAAAAGAUCAUUCACGACAAAAACAGGACAAUCACUGCCCUCCAAAGUGAUGUUACUUACUUGAAAUCCCUUAUAGCAGAUUCUGAAAAUAAACUGUUGGACGUUUCCAAAGACCUGGAAGUCAGCAAAGAAAAUUGCCAGCAGCUGUCUAAUCAACUUAAGAAAAUUGUUCAUCAAAAGAAUGAGGAAAUAGCAGACCUCAAAAGGCAAGUUAGCAAAAUGAGUGUAACUGAAAACAGAGCAAGUCAAAUCAUUAAAGUUUCUGCUAAAUACCAGGCAAUAAUACUAAAAAGGAUAUCUGAAAUAAAAUCUAAUGUAGUGUUGAAAGAGUUGACUAACUUCGGGAACGCGUCUAACGGCGACAAUGAAUUGCGCAGGAGUUUGAAUGCGGGCACUAUCACUAUGGAGGACCUUGAGAAUUUCUUAGAGACAACUGACAAGCAUCUGCGUAGAUGUUCAGAGAAGCAGAUCAUGCUGCAAAAAGAGCGUGAUAGAUUGGCCGAAGUGAACAGGAUAAACGAGUCUGAAAUUAUAAAUAUGAGAAAAUUUUUGACAGAAUUGUCCGUGAGCUUCAAGACGUUCGGCAAUUUAAAGGAUUUGUACACGCAGAAGUUGAGUAGGGUAAUCUCUGUACAGAGGACUGUGAGGCGGGAGAUAUUGAGUCUGGACGGUAGAAUUAAUGAUGCCACAAUGUGCAAGCUUGAACGAGGUUAUUCUGCUAUCAUCCAAGAUCUGUCAGAAUGCGUGAUGAAUUUGGAGCGUUGGGUAGAAAAGUCUAUCACUAGAACUAUAUCGGCGGAGAAAAUAAAACGGGCGUUUUCGAAUGAUGACGAGCGGGCGUCGCUUUCUUCUACGACAUUCCAAAAUGUUAGCUUGGAGGUGCAGCUGGACGAAUUGGACAACUCCUUCCAGAAGCUUCUAGAAGAAAUAGUCCGCGCACAGAAGGGAGAGGGGGCAAAAGAUGCACAAUCCGUCACCGUGAUGGAGAUACGCGCUGAAUACGAAGACAAACUCAACAGAAUGAAGGCUAAAAUGAGGGAAUUGCUUCAAUCGGAGGUGUCAGCUUACAAGGAGCGUCAGAAACAAGAGAUAUCAGUCCUAGAGCGUGAGUUGUUGAAGACUCGUGAGAAAUUGGCGGAGUCUAGUAAAGCUUAUGAGGAACAUAUCAGAUCUUUGACGACGGAGCUCUGGCGGGUCGGAGAAAAGUUUCUGUCUAAGAAAGACGAGCUCGAGUGGGAGAGGAAGAAGCAACGUUCCGGAUCGCUCAUGUCGUUGCAGCAUGUGCAUUCAUCGGGGCUGGUGCCACCAAAAGAGGAAUCGUCUCGUAUCUCCGGCGGACACUCGUUGCGAUCAUUGCCCAUACACGAUAGCACCAAUAAGCGAGAGGGUCGCGGCCUGCACAUGUCCGACGAGGAGGGCGAGGUGUUCGACAACCGUUGGCUGCGCGAGUUGUCGGCCACCCCCCGCGCGUCCCGCGCGUCCCCCGCGCCCGCGCGGCUUUCGGAGCUGCGCUGGCGCAACUCGCUGUGCCCGCCGCACCUCAAGAGCUCCUACCCGGCGGAGACGCAGUUCGCGCCCGCACUCGACGAGGAGGACAUCAAGGUACACUACUCUACUGUAACGGGACAGCUUCUGUGACACAUGUAACUCACACUCGUAUCUAUAGUCGAAUAUAAGUAACAACUUAAUAUUUAUAAUAAGUAAACAAGAAUUUUAAUGAAGGGAGAUGUGAAAAGUAAUAAUAAUAUUAUUACUGAAUGAAUGAAAUAUGUUUUCAAAUAAACUAUUGCAAACACUUGAAUGGUCCAACUUUUUUUUUUCCCCACAACUCGUUUGGGACGUCUUUUGACAGACAAGAAGAAUAAGCGGAAGGAACUUUUAAGAAGUAACGACAUUUGCAGCAGUCAUUUCAUUACCAUAAUAAUACGUAUAAUAAUGUUAAAAAUAAAUAGAAUAAAACGAAGGCAAUUAGUUCCAUGCAUUAUGGUCCUAAAUAUAAUCAUCUACCUUAUAAGAGCCCUUAACCAUAAGUACGUUCUUUACAUGUAUUUUUUUUUAAUUUAUUUAGGUCAAUAACAUUUUGUGGAACUUAUAUAACAAUGCAUUUAUCCAGUAAUAAUCCUCUCGUUUUUUGAAGCUUAAAGUUUGCUUGCUCGCUGACUAUUGACAGUUCAUACCUCUUUCAAAUUCUUAUCUAUUUGUUUAAAAAUAUUUGCUUAAAUUAUUACCUAUACGCGAGUAAUAACUUCUACUCAUCUAUAGAUAUGAGUGUCAGAAGCGGAUUUACAAUAACAUACUUAUAUUCAUUUACAUAACAUAAUAACAUAAAAUCAUCAUCAUCAUCACCAGCCCUAUUACGUCCCAACUGCAGGGGCUUAGGCCUUCCUUAUGGAUAGUUAAGGAGGAUGGGCCAUGACCCUCCACGCUGGCCCAAUGCGGAUUGGAGGGUAUUAUCGACUGCAAAUGCAGCCGGGACUAACGGCUUAACGUGCCUUCCGAAGCACGGAGUAGCUCGAGAUAAUUUUUUUUUUGGUCACCCAUCCCGUGACCGACCCUUGCGAAAGUUGCUUAACGACUAAAAUCGCGAGCCGCGGCGCUUAUCCACUACACCACCGAGCUAAUAACAUAAAAUAAUAUAAACAUAUUCAUUGAUUAAAUCAAUAAUUUAUAAUUAUAUCUAAGAGUUAUAGCGAGAGAGCUCAGCAAUCGCUAUCCUGGACUUGCUAAAAUAUUUAUUGUAGCAUUAUUGUCUAUGACUUUACACAGAGUAUAGGCGCCGUUUCUUUGGGUGGUCGUAAUCAGAGGAAAGAGGUUGGCAUCACGGCGUACAAGAAGCCAGGACCACCAACGCCUAGCAAGCAAGCCGGCAGACUUUCUGCUACGGACUCAGAAUUGCGUGAGUCGCUCCGUCCAGAGCCCGAACCGCAGGUAUCACGCAAGACUAGCACGCCCUCGCGACUUCGCUCGCUAUUCCGAUCCAAUAAGAACUAUACCGCAGAAGUAAGUUGUUUGUAUUGUCAAUCAGUUAUUAUGUUUACUAAUUUUGAUGGCGCCGUGUAAUCGUUAGAUCAGCGAUUGCGGAGAUUAAGCAUUUUCUGCAAAUAUCGGUAAUCGGAUUGGUGAUCGAAAGUUUAUUAGUACUUUAUACCGUUGGUCUCAUUUCCGAUUGUCGUCAAUGGGCCUAACUGGACCCAGGAGCUGGGUUAUGGCUAA